AUGCAACGAUUGAUAAUCAAAGCUGCAAUAUGCGCACAGGAGGCAAAACGUCUUUGGAUAUUCUUCGACGAGUUCAAUACGACAUCGAGUAUCGAAUUACUCAAAGAGAUAACCUGUGAGCGUACACUUUUGGGUGAUUCCUUACCAGGUAAUAUGGUCUUUCUUGGUGCAUGUAAUCCACGUCGACAUAGGAGUAAUGAAAAGUGGAUGUCGUUUGAAAAUAAUAUUGGCAUAAAAAAAGACCGGUAUGAAAUGAUGAAAAAACUCUCCGAUGGUAAAUGUUUAUUAUAUACAGUAGUACCUAUUCCAGAGACUAUGCUAGAAUAUAUAUGGGAUUAUGGACAUCUCGACCAAGAUACAGAACGAGUAUAUAUACAAACAAUGCUUAAAACAUGUCCUUCGUUAGUGAAACACGAACAAUUAUUUAAUGCAUUCGUUCCACUCGUAUCUCAAUCACAACUAUUCAUGCGCAAAAUUGAAGAUGUUAGCAGUGUAAGUUUGCGAGAUGUUACUCGAUUCUGUCGUUUGUACAAUUGGUUUCAUGGGUCGAUUAAUAUACGUUCUACUAAUUCAUCUCUUCCACCACUGAAUGUUGCUCGACGAGCUGCUUUUGCAGCUCUCUUCUUAUGUUACUAUUUUCGAUUACCUUCUGUUCAGUUUAAAUAUCAAUAUGUCGACAUGCUCGAAGAAAGUUUAACAAAGUCUUUUUCCUUGGUACUAAUGGAGAAACGAUUUCUUAUUAAACAGCUUGAAGCAGAAGAAAAUGAGUUGAUAGACGAGAUGGAACUACCCAGAGGUACAGCUAAAAAUCGAGCUCUGCGCGAAAAUAUAUUUGUUCUUCUUGUAUGUAUUGUUAAUCGAAUUCCUGUAAUUCUAUGUGGAAAACCGGGUUGUAGCAAAACAUCCGCCGUGCAAAUCGUUAUCAGUAAUCUCAAUGGAAAAAAAUCAAAGAGUUCAUACUUCCAAACAUUACCUGAACUCGUUACAGUUUCAUAUCAAGGCUCACAAAAUUGUACAUCUAGUAGUAUUGAAAAAGUAUUUGAACGAGCUGGUAAAUACCAAAAGGCUGAAUCAGAUAGUCAGCUUCUACCAGUUAUAGUUUUCGACGAGAUUGGUCUAGCUGAACUCUCACCACAUAAUCCACUUAAGGUACUUCAUGCUGAACUCGAAGUUGAAACAUGUCAAUACGGAUUUGUUGGUAUAUCAAAUUGGCGCUUAGAUGCAUCAAAAAUGAAUCGAGUACUUUACAUAAGUUGUCCCGAUCCAGAUAUUGAUGAUCUGAAAAUAACUGCUAAAUCAAUUGCAGAUGGCAUGUUACGUGAACAAUUAGCAGUACCUAACUUAGAUUCAAUUCUUGACGGUUUAGCUAAAGCCUAUUAUGAACUAUUCGUUUCUCUUAAACUACAGCAGCAGAACGAAUAUUACUUUGGUCUACGCGAUUUUUAUUUUUUAGUUAAAGGUGUUUUGAAUGAAGCAAAUAAUACCAUGACCGAAAUUGUUAAAGAUUUAUUUGCUGUUGUACAUCAACAGAUGAAAAUUAAUUUUGAUGGUAUUAUAGACGGGUCAAGUUUUAUGUGGAAAAUCUUUUGUGAAAGUCUUAAUCAUACUGAGCUUAUAAAUCAAUAUCCAUUGCCAACUUUUAAAGAUCUUCUUAAUCGUCGUAUUGAAACACAUUCGGGUCGUUUUCUAAUGAUAAUUGGUAAGAGUGAAAGUUCAUAUGAUUAUGUUGAACGAUAUCUUCGUUCGAUUACAAAAUGGUUGCCGAUACAUGAACAUCCAGUACGAACAUUAAUCGGUAGUCAAAUGCCAGGUGAUCUUAUUUUAAAUAAAACUUACACCGAAACUUAUAGUUACAGAGUACUUAUGGAUAUUAUUCUCCAUGUAGAGACAAAUGUAACAUUACUUAUGCGACAAUUAGGUCAUCUUCAUGAUAAUCUAUAUGAUUUAUUUAAUCAAAACUUUGCUGUGUCUGCAAAAAAACAAUAUUGUCGAAUUGCACUUGGUGCUCUUUAUCAUCCACGAUGUCUGGUGAACGACAACUUUUUUUGCAUUGUAUUUGUUAAUCAAGACGAAGUUGAAAAGUGUGAUCCACCAUUUCUCAAUCGAUUCGAAAAACAUAUUAUUGAUAUUCAAGAUCUAGUACAGCCUAUUCAUUGGCGAAUAACUCAAAGUCUUCUCAGCUGGUUAACAGAUCUUUUGCCAUCGGGAGAUAGUGUACGCUUUCCAUGUCUUCAACAUUUAUUUAUCGGUUACAAUCCUGAUUACGUAUGUAAUUUAGUGAUUGAUACUAGUGACGAACAAGGUGUAGGUGAAAAUGUAGAUCAACAAAAAGUGAUAGAAGCAUGUAAAAUUAAGAUACUGCGCUGUUCUUCGUUUGAUUUACCACUUGUUCUUGUUACUCAAACGACUGUUGACGAGAAAAACCAAAUUCUUAUUCAACAGUAUUAUCAAUUUCAUGAACGGAAAUCAUUUGCCGAUGUGUUUCCUCAACACCGAGGAAAACGUUUACAUUCUAUAUCAAGAUUAACUCCAUUCACCACAAUACUUUGUAGUGUUGCUAAAAAACAGAUUAUUUAUACUUAUACACAAAUUUAUGAUACAAUCAUUUAUGAUCCAAAUAUUGUUAAUGAAAUCAAAUUAAACAAUUUACAAACAGAACUGGAAGUAAUAAAUAAAGUAAAAGCGCAUUUUUUAAAACAAGAUAGUUCACGUAUUUUGAUUAUACGUAUUGACUAUCUUACAGAACAUAAGCAACUUCUUUCUCUUAAACAUAUUUUACUUAAUGCGAUCGAUGAUGAAUCUAAAGAACCAUCUGAUCAUUGUAUUUGGCUUGUUAUUCAUUUACAACGCAAUAUGCUUGGCGAAGCAAAAAAUGAUGUUUUGUUUCAUGGCUGGCAAGUCGAUAUGAUAGACGAUCUUAAUACAUAUAAUCCUAUUUCAAUCGAAAAUUUAAUGAAUCCAUCAUAUUACGAUUUGAUUACUCAAGAGCCGUUUCAAUUGUCUGAAAAUCUAUUCAAUGAACUUGUUAAUCGAACGUUAUCAAAGUUUCGGUAUGAAGUAACUAACAACCAACUAGAAUCAAGAAUUAAUCAACGACGAAACAUUAUCACUGAUUGUCUCAUACAAGAUAAUCAAUCCGAACUUCGAACUUUGAUUCGAGAGAACUUGUUCAUACUCGUACAAACAAUACAUCAUGAUAGAAUCGACAAGCGUUUUUCAGAUUGGCGAAAAGAUCUUCUAACGAAUGGACUAAUUAUUGCAACUUGUUGUUCCUUCAGCGAAGCCUUGCAAGCUACAAUCGUUCAAUUUUAUGAAACAUAUUUUUUACUCUUGUUUGCACAUUUAGAACGAAAUUCUUUCUUUGAUUCCUAUCAAUUUCUCCAAGAGCAAGAUGAAUAUGAGCAAGAACUACUCAAACGAAUUUGGGAUACUUGUUUAACUUCGAGCCUAAAGAACAUUGAUCGAAAUGUCAUGAACUGUGAUCAUGUUGAAAUACCGUUGGUGUUCAAUUUACGACUCCCAUGUACGGUGACCGAAUAUACAGUUGUACGACGAAUAUGUAACAUUUUAUCAAAACAACAGUCAGAAAAGGACAUAACUCUAGGAGAUUUUGAGCAACGAUUUUGGCAUAAGCUAAAUGAUAAAACAAUCUAUGGAAAAAAAUUACUCAAUAAAAUUUUCGAUAAUGAUAAACUAUUUGAACAUUAUUAUCAUGAUCAAUUGUGCUUUUUUCUUAACGAAAAUAAUAUUCAAUUGACAAGCAAUUUUGUAUUUCAAAUGACUUGUACAAAUCCAACUCGUUCAAACAAAACACGUUUUCAAUCAUUAUUGACGAAUUGGGAAGAAGUGAUUCAAAUAUGUCGAAUUUUCGAACUUGGGGCUUCGUUAAUUGGUGAAGAUUCUUUACUCAAUGCUUGCAUGAAACAGUUUAUAAAAGUUGAUGAUGAUCAAUCCCAUGUUCAUGCAAAUAAUAAGAAUAGUUUGUAUACAUUAGUACUUUCUAAAGAAGGUUUUGCUCAAAUCGAGCCUGGAAGCUAUGAAUUAAAAUUAAUAAAUAACCCAAAUGAUAACCGAGAUUUAUUUAUUGAAAAUAGUCUUAUGAAUCUUCUUAAAAUUCUUCAGAAACCAAAAUAUGUACGGAAAGUUGAAUCUCCCAAACAAUUGAUAACUACGUAUAAUCUUAUUUAUCAUGGUAUUCGUACAUUGACACACUAUGAGGUUUAUAAUCUUGAAAGAUUUAGUUCGCACAUAAGUCUAAUUCGAUCAAUUACUGCUCUUUUCGACAAUCAAUUCGCCGCACAAAUCAUCAAACAGAUGUAUGUUGAUGAUGAUGCCGCUAAUUUUAACUCUUGUGAUUUGAUUCAUACAUUCAUUGAACGAUUAACAAAAACUAUUGAAACAGAAGAAGAUCAUAUAAAAGCAGACAAAGCCACUGUUCAACGUACACUUCUCAAACUUGAAAUUGAGUUAUUAAAAAAUUGGCUUUUCGAUCAUGGUGAUCAAUAUGUUGAUGUUCUUAUAUUGAUUAACCAUAAUGAUACCGAUCUCUGGCGAUAUUCGACAAAGAUCUUCUUGUAUAUUAAUCGACGUUUGGAUUUAACAGAAUGCAUAGAGAAGCAUCAUGGUCAGAUACCAAUCGAUAAUAGAGAUUUCAAAAAACUCGAGAAAUUCUUGAAAAAAUUGGUCGAUCAACCAUCUAAAAUUGAACGGCUUUUACUCAAUCAUCUCCAUACAAAUCUAAUUCUAUCGAUAAGUGAAAAAGAUUUCGAAAAAAAAUUAAGAGAAGAAUAUACAUUUUUUGAAAGAAAUAUGCAUGAAGUAAAUGAGCAUCUUACCAAUGGACGGCAUCGUGUUCGAUUGAUAGGUCUCAUUGUGUGGCUUAAAUAUUAUGCGCAAAUAUAUGCAUUUGUCCUUCACAAUGAUUCACAUCAAGAAUUUAUGUCGAAUAUCGAUCGUUUUUUAGCUCGAGAUGAGAGUUCAUUCGGUGCGACUCUAAAAUUAUUUAUUCUCAAACAACUUGUGCAUAUGUCGAAGAAUGUAACAUUAAUAGAUGUACGAGAAUUAUUUGCUCAUCGUAAUGUCGCGUGGUUACGACCAUUACUGAUGCGUGUUGAACCUAUGGCUAUAAAUCGUGAUCUGAUUCUACCUUUGCCUCUAUUUGAAGGACAUGAUGAAUAUUUAAUAGUCAAUGAAACUCUAAACAAUUUCGGUAAUAUCGGCGAAGUGCAAACUCUGAUCAAAAAGUGUCGAAAUAAUCAACAAUUGACAUAUGGGUUUUACUCAUGGUUUAUUCAGUACUACUGUCGUUAUCUUGCACCAAACAUACAGAUAGAUCAACGGUUCAUACAGCUAUUUGGCGUUGAUUUGAAACAAUUAUUAAUUGAUUCUUUCGAGCUAAUUGGAUUUAACCUACUUACGUUUCUAUGCAGUAAUUUUCCUGCUGAUUCCUAUUUUUAUUUACAACCAACUAUGCCAAAAAAAGAAAUAUAUAAUCGUUUACUUGCUCUUAAUAUUGUCGCUCUUUGUUUAUCGACAAAAAGCUGCCCAAAAGCAACAUAUUUAGGAGCAUUGCUAUUCGAUCAAAAGCAACAUAUGCCUCAAAACUAUGUUAAUCACAUUCAGUCUAUAUGUUUGAUGGGUAUGAUUAGUAGUGAUCCAGUGAUAACACAAAUGAUCGAUGUGAGAACACAAGUACAAGACCGUCUUAAUAAGAACCUAAUUCUCACAGGUGGAAUGUUCGUUUUUCAAUGCUCUCGUGACUGUCACUGGAUGUUUUAUUUUGAGAAUUGUGGAGUUCCAAACGAUCACGGACAAUGUCCUCUGUGUAAACGAGAAAUCGGUGCUUAUAAUUAUAGCCAGUUGAUUCAGCGGGAUCCUCCGCAAAUCCAGAUGAAUUUACAGGAUGGUUUUCGAGUAAUAGAACAGUAUAUGAGAAAUUACAAUAGUGUAUUAAGAUUAGGGUAUCAUAAUGUACUACCCGCUAUGGAACUGACACCAGAUGAAAAGCCUGAUCAUUUGAAUCGAGCUAUUUCCUUCAGAUUUCUUCACAUGUGGACACAUACCCAACUACUUGUCUUGCAUGAAUUGAAGUGCUUAACUGAUGAUGAUCUUCUUCAGAGAUUAAAAGUGCCUGAUAUUUUACAUUUUCGUCAACAUUUUGAAAGAGAUUGUAGGUUCAUGGAGGAAGUAUCGACGGAACCCGAACAGUAUCAUGUAUGGUUAUUCAAGCUCAUUAAUCACAUGCUUGACAAAAAUAUUGAUGUUGUUGGCAUUCUGAAUACAAAUAAAAAUGUAGUCGAAAUUGAACAAGUAAUUGAGCAACGAGUAAUCUUUCCUCAUCUUGACUCAAUUAUAAACGAAAUUGGAAAUUACCGCAUGGCAUACGUUGAUUUUGUUCAAAAAUUUGACGCAGAUAUUUCAUUGAGCAACUAUGUCGAUGAGUUACGACAAAAUGAUAAACGUUAUCCAUUACUUCCAUACUUUAACGUAAGUCGAAUUCUAACAACCAAUCCGCUCGAUGAAUUUCGUGUAAAAAUGCAAACAUUACCUUUUGGUGACAAUAUGUAUCCUUUGACGACAUUUUUAUUAAAACGUCUUGAUGACUAUGCCAACAUUCGAUAUUUAUACCCCAUUAUGGAAUUUGCCAAAUAUCUUAUUAAUAAAUACAAUCAUCGAAUUCAACGAAAUGAUGCAGCUACCAUGACGAUUGACGAUGUGCUUCAGAAACGAGAUCUCGGUAACCAAAACAUGCGUAUUCUUUUCGAUCAAUUCAUCGAUGCUUGGUAUAAGAUAAGUCUAACUAAAGUUCGUCAUGGAUGUCAAGAGCGUAAGUUCGAACGACUAUAUCCUCGUGAAGAAUUUGCCAGUAAAACAAGUUUGGCUUGUGUAUUGGUAAACAAAUCCAAAGAUGAUAGUAGCUUGUUGUUAACUGCUUGCAUACAUACAUUAGCUGAAUUACAAAAUGAAAUUGUUGGAUAUUUUCGAAAAGUAGUCGUCAAUGAAACAGCAUCACAUACGCGUGUUUUUCUGAAUGCAAUUAGACCUGAACAUUUACUUCAGCUUGGAGAAUCGGAACUUAUUAAUAAAUUAGUAAAAGAUAGCUUUGUUAUCAAUUAUGAAUAUGGUCAAGGACGUGAUUUAAUCUAUGAUUAUGAGGAAAUUGAAAUGGAAAUGCGUAAUCUUGUUAGUAGUCUUUGUUUAUUUGCUGUCGAUAAUAUACCCAUGUUAAGUUAUCAAUUUGAAUUGUAUAAUGAGAAUAUCUCUCUCAUUACUAAUAUUCGACGACGAAUUCCUCAAACAUCAUUAUCUACAGUUGAUCGAGCAAAAUUGAAAAGUUUACUUGUUCGAAUGAAUCACUAUGAAAUUGUUCAUAGUCUAGGUUUAUUGGAUAAUAUCUUCACAUAUCUAUGUAAUAUUGAUGAUGAUUUAUCGAACAUUAACAUACAAACAUUUGUUGAACAAUACAUGAACACUAGUGCAUGUCUCAAUGAAGAUAUUUUCCGGCGACCACCAUUUUCAACGAUUCUACUCAUUAACAUAAUUGCUUUAUAUGAGCUGAUAGAGGAAGUAGCAUUUGAUAUUGUACUACGUAAACAUGUCAAAUCAGAACUACGUGAAGCAGUACUUAAUGAUCAAAGUAAAAAGAAAUUUGUUACUCAAACUUUUGGUAAAGACAAUAUUUCGCCAACACUGAAAUCACCAAUCGUAUGGAUUGGAGUACUUAAAAGGCUACUGAUUCGAGUACUUAAUGCUUAUAUUGAUCUAAAAAUGCCUUUGCAAAUAUAUAUAGAACGUAUCGAUCUCUGGUCUGCUGACAUUUCUGAGAAUGAUUUGCAAACGUUUGAGCUCGAUGACGACAUUCUACUUGAACAUACAUAUUGUAUUCUUAAUCAUAUAGAAAAAUACCAACUAAUAACAAUCACAAACGAUUCCAUUACUACUACUGAUAGUCAACAGCUGAUCGACUUACACAUUACCACUGAUGAUAAUACGCAAAGAUUUAAUGCAAGAACUUGGUACUCAGAUAUGAAUCAACCUGUUAAAAAAAUAAUACUUAGCAAAUCAUCUGAUCGAUUUGAACGAAAACUACGCGUAUAA